AUGUCAAAACUAGGAUUAGAUAAUUUGACAGAUUGUGAUUUAUCCAUUCAAUUUUUUCCAUUCAAAGGAUCAAAUAAAAAAAUCAUUGGAAGCAUGAUAUUUUUUGCAUGUUUGCUCCUAUCUGCUAUUAAAUAUGAUGCAGCCGACCUCAGAAAAGAAAUGAAAGGAGAAGUUUUCGAAGACGAAGAAAUAGCUUCAUCUUCAUCAUCUGAAAUUUCGACAAAUUCAACAACUCCAACUCCAACACCAACACCAGACGAAAGUGGAGAAAAUAAGAAAAUUCCUUUGGCAAUUGCCUUAGGUAGUUUCGCAAUUAUUAUAAUAACUGUAACAAUCGUUGCAAUAAUUCUUAAGAAGAGGCAAGAUAGUGGCAAAUACGAUCCAGAUGUUGAUCUUGGCCUUGUUGAAAACGAAGCAAUAUGA